ACGCUCUCUCCUCGGGUAUUUUGUCCCGAAUGCUGUGCCGUAAUGAAGCCGCAAAGCAACGCUCGCUGUCGCAACAUUUAGUCCAGAAACAGAGGUCACAACAAACCAAACAGGAUGGGAGGUGACCACGGCCACAACAAGAUGUCCAUGCCAGACUGGCGCCAGUGGAAGGCCGAGGGAACACCACUGGAGUUUACACAGCAGAGGCUGGCAGCCAGGGGCCUUAGGGACCCAUGGGCACGCAACGAGGCAUGGAGGUACUCAGGCGGCUUUGCUCGUGCUGUGACUCUGUCUGAUGUGCUUCUGAGAGGCUUCAAGUGGGGAUUUGCUGCCUUUACUGUUGCUCUGGCUGUAGAGUACGCUCUUUUCCCACCCAAGAAGGGCAGCCACUAAUGCUCAUCAUUGUCCCUCAAGCCCAGGCCAUAAUAGCAUCUAAUAAUAUUCUGUAUUUUCUGUUAAUUAAAAGUUUGUUUUUCUGAUCACC